UGUGUGCACCACUCUAGCUUAUUAUAAAAUAUAUUCCUACGCGAAAAAUUCGAUGUUUACAAACGAUGCUUUUGUUGGUAAGGUUAUAAAACCACCCUUCACCGGAAAUGUAAAUAUAUUGUGUUACAGUGCAGUAUCAAGGGGUUACACAGCGACCGUGCCACUGACUGUCCAUAUUGUGGAUGUAAACGACAACACACCCAGAUUUAGUCCAGAGGUGUACAUGAACGUCAUCCCAGAAAACUCACCCGCAGGAACAUCCGUUAGAACACUGACUUGUCGGGAUGAUGAUAGUGGAGCUAACGGACUCUGCACUCUAAGGAUCCAGACAGGAGAUGACGUCACACACAAAUUUGCCAUUUCCGGUAAAACGUUGGUAACUACUGGUACAGCGAUCGAUUACGAGGCUUUGCCGUCGCGAGACCGCACAUAUUCGCUGGUCGUUGUUGGCGUAGAUUCACCAUCACCAUCCGGGUACUCUGUAAAUGAAGAUAUCCCCGUAGGGACAACUAUUGCUACAGUCCUAGCUACCGAUGCCGAUGACGGAGAAGACGGGACUCUCAAGUAUUCCAUAAUAGCUCGCGCCUCUACAGUGAUUUCUAACUUUGGGUGCAGAGACAGCGACUCUGGAACGUCGUUCACGUAUACCAUGACACAAAAUCCCGGUAAUAAGUUCAUAAUCUCUAAUGCUGGGGCUUUAGCAGGUCUAGUUCUAAAUGACAGUCUGGAUUACGAGACCGCUCCAUACUACAACCUAGAGGUAACAGUUACAGACAAUGGCUACCCUGCUCGUUCCUCGACUAUAUCAAUAGAUGUCACGGUUCUAAACGUAAACGAAGAUCAACCCGUCUUUACUAAUACAGGUACCUACAUGGUAUUUGCUAGCGAAGACACUUCUAUAGGGUCCACCCUUGUCACUGUCACCGCCACGGAUAAGGACGCUGGAGAUGCCAUAACGUAUGCCUUCGUGACGCCGUACCUUAGUUUCCAUAUUGACCACACAUUGGGAACUAUAUUGCUUGUCCACAGUUUAGACUACGAGACAGCCGAUAGCCAUGUACUGUUGGUAACGGCCUCUGAUGGAAUGCUCAGUACAACUGCUACUGUAACUCUUGAAGUGGGCGAUGUCAAUGAAGUUCCGAGCUUUACACAGACGACAUAUACGAUUAAUAUCAAUGAGAAUCAGCCACCAGGAACACAUGUGGGAAGAGUCUUUGCCACAGACCUAGACGCCGGCGCCAGUGGAAGGAUAACCUACACUAUAUCAGAUGGAGACGGGGCAUCCUUUUUCACUGUUGAUUCUUUUUCCGGCAUGAUUUCGCCAUCCGCCGUCAUUGAUUACGAAGUCAACACAUUUUUCUUUCUCAUAGUACAAGCGUCUGAUGCGGCCCUGCCUUCUUUAACAGCUCAGUGUUUGGUUAACGUUAGGAUCAGGGAUGAUAACGACAACGCCCCGGUGUUCAUACCACACACAUAUGCUGUUCUCGUCUCUGAAGAAGCAGCUGUUGGCACAACAGUCACCACCAUCAGCGCUACAGACAUCGACUCCGUUGCUGACAACAACAACGUAUUCGAGUUCAGCACCAUUUCUACAGUUCCGUUUACCAUCCACUCAACAUCUGGAGUGAUUAGAACGAACGCACUGCUAGACAGGGAACUCCUACCUAUCUACAAUAUGGUGAUUCUUGCAACGGAUAAAGGCGCCAUCCCUCUUACCGGGACCUCUACCAUUACCAUUUCCCUGAUAGACGUAAACGACAACGACCCCAGUAUAUCUGGUACUUAUGACAGCACGGUAGACGAGGACACCGCCGUCAACACAGUCGUCUUCACAAUCAUUGCCACUGAUUUGGACUAUGGAAGAAAUAGUCAGUUAUCUUACUCAAUUGUCUCCGGAAACACUGACGCUUGCUUCAAGAUUGAAUCCAGAACUGGAAUCAUUCAAACCGUAAACACGCUGGAUAGGGAAUUGCAGUCAUUUUAUAAAAUGGAGGUGCACGUUACGGACGAUGGGAUUCCACCCAGGAAUGCGAGCGUUACUUGUACAGUGACUAUCAGAGAUGUGAAUGACAACGCCCCACAUUGGAUUACACAGUUUUUUGUGCUUAGCAUUGAGGAAAACGUCGCGAUAGGUUCCAGUGUAGGAUUCGUUAAGGCUACAGAUGCAGAUAUAGGUAUGAAUUCAGCAUUAACCUAUGAAAUCGUUAACUAUUGGGUCGGAGGUUCCAAUCAAUUUGUGAUUGAUAGUUCAUCUGGUUUAAUUUCUUCAACCGAAGCCCUCAACAGAGAAAUCAUCGAUACUUAUGUACUUUGGUGCAGAGUUUAUGAUGGUGGUUCGCCAAUGCUUUUGGCCGAUUCCAAUGUAACGAUAACGGUUUCAGAUCUUAAUGACAACAACCCAGUGUUUGAAAUGAGACAUUAUUCCGGAAACAUCAGGGAAAGUUCUCAGGUCGGUACCGCAGUUCUAAGAGUAUCAGCAAAUGAUGCAGAUACAGGAGUAAACGCAUUGUUGUCAUACUCCCUGUAUAAAUCCGCACGCGCUGCCAAGUACUUUAACAUUAACGCGACAACUGGAAUAAUUCAUGUGAAAGCUUUGAUUGAUCGCGAAAAAGAUCCAUUCUUUUCUUUCAAAGUGUUUGUAACCGACUCUGGAGCACCGCCCAGGACUGGAACCACGAAAGUGUCAAUUACAGUCCAAGAUGUCAAUGACAAUCGUCCUGAAUUCAAGCAAGAAUUUUAUAAUACAGAGGUCCCGCAUAGUGAUACUUGUUCAUCUGUACUUACGACAAUCACCGCUACUGAUGUCGAUGAAGGACCAAAUGCACUAGUUUCUUACUAUUUUGAUAAAUAUAGCGAAGAUUUCAACUUGGAUGCAGUCACUGGCAAAAUAAGUGCCUCCCGGAAGCUAACAUCAGGAAAGAAAUAUAUCGAGUUUGUUUUUGCUCGUGACAAUGGUAACCCAGAGCUGAAAACAAGAUCUAAGGCAACAGUCCGUAUCGACGCCUACAAACCGUCUGAUGUUGUUCUUUUAUUUCACCUGGGUGUUAACAAAAGCUACUUUGAGUCUGUUGAGAGGGCGUUCCUCUCUCUGCUAACCGGUGUGUACCGUGUGUCCUACCCUACAGCAGUGGCCAGGCGGUGGUGUCUAAUUGAAACAUCAGAAAGGUAA